AUGCAGCGGACUAUACGAGCACACGCAAGACAAGCAAGGAUCAGACGGUAUUCAGAUAAAGCUUCGAGAAAUUUAAAUGUUCUUUUUUUUGGGUCAGACCGCUUCAGUGUUCACUCGUUGCAUGCUCUUCGCCAGCUGAGGGAGGAAAAUCCGGGACUGAUACAUAAGUUGCAAGUUGUCGCUCGGCCUGCUAAAAAAUGUGGCAGGAACUUGUCAGAGACACGGGAAGCCCCAAUAGUUAAAGCCAGCUCUCAAAUUGGUCUUCCACCGCCCAUCAAUUGUGAUUCAACUAAGGAAAUGCUGGGGCCCGUUAUGAAGACAAUAAAGGAAGGCGGUUUUAACAUGAUAAUAGCCGUGUCUUUUGGCAAGCUAAUAUCUCACGAGCUUAUUGCACAAGUCCCUUACACUUUAAAUGUUCAUCCUUCACUUCUGCCCCAAUAUAAGGGCUCAUCGCCUAUUCAACACACUUUGCUGAAUGGUGAUGAGUACACUGGUGUCUCGAUCCAAACCCUCCAUCCUGAAAAGUUCGACCACGGGAAUAUCAUAGCACAGACCGCUCCUCUCAAAGUUAGCAAGCUUCUAGAAAUGCAAGCUUGCCAGUACGAGACAGACCCCACCAUUCCCCCGAAGGUUGCGAGGUUGAUGGAUUCUUUGGGCUCCGUCGGCGGAAGAUUGCUUGUCCAUGUUUUGCAGGACCGCUUAUAUGAGACAAAUCACGUCGCUAGUCCACAAUACCCAGCGAGCUACGCUCCCAAAAUUACUACAUCAAUGCGACAAGUGCAGUGGCAGAGUGAUAGUUCAUGCCGCGCUCUUCGAAAGUUCGAUUCUCUUGGGCCUCUCUACUCAUUCAAACAAGUCUACAAAAAGAACUCUCAAGUCCCACAUUUUAAAAGAGUCAUUUUUCAUCACUUGGCCCCCGCUUUCGAUUGUGACACCAGUUCAAGAACUUCAGGUGAAUUCGAAUUCGACUUUGCUCAAAACUGUCUCCUGAUACCCUUUGUUGACGGCAAGUUUUUAAAGUGCACUAGUAUUCAGUUCGAGGGUCACAAGAUUGAGACACCUGAUCAAUUUAUGAAGAGUUUACGCAAAAGGUGCGGCCCGCUGUCCGAAAAGAGAGUUUUCUGUGAAUCAUGA